AAGACUAGAAAGAGUCUAUGAAACAUUAAAAAAUUGAGAAUCAAGCAAGAGCUUCAUGAUCAUACGUUUACUAGGCAGCCUGGGCAAAUCAACGCCAACAAAACUCUUUGGGAUCAGUGUAAGCAAAUCCUUUUGAAGAUUAGAAUCAAAAUGAACGUAACUUCCAAUUACUUAUGCUUCACUCAUAGCCUUAGAAACACAACGGGUACACUUCAUCCAAAAUCAUGGAUAACUUCGCAAGAAGUAUCAAGAAUUGCAUUUACAGUUUGUUAUUCAAUCCUCUUGUUUCUAGCUGUUGUUGGCAAUGUUUUUGUUGUCGUGAUUGUUUGCAAAAACCGACGAAUGCAGACCAAUAUAAACUUUCUUAUAGCAAAUAUGGCGGUGUCUGACUUAACAGGUUCAUUGGUGUCAAUACCUCGCUUUAUUUCAUUGAAUAUAAACAAUUCAAGCGAAUGGAGUGUUCCAGGACUAUUGGCUGAAAUUCUUUGCAAGACAUGUCCCUUCAUUCGUGACGUAUCAAUAUCUGUUUCCAUCGAAAGCAUGGUCGUUAUCGCAAUUGAUCGCUUCUUCGCCGUUGUUUACCCCUUAAAAUCUAAACCUCGAGUUACGAGACUAAGAUGGGUUUUACCUAUUAUCUGGCUUGUAGCAAUGGCACCAUUUUCUUUGUACUUUGUUACAUUCAAAAUAGGAUAUUGUAAAGGAAAGGCAUUUUGCAUCUUUAGCUGGCCAUCUAUCUUUGACCGUGCCCAAGUACAUCAUAUUUAUUUCUUAGUUACUAUAGUAAUACUCUUCUUCAUCAUUCCAUUUGCUAUCGUCAGUGUCCUUCACUCUUUUAUUGUUUGGAAAAUGAAGCAUCGUUGCAUUCCUGGAGAACAACUUUGUGAACAAGAAACAAGAAGUCAAAAAUCGAACAGCAACAUCAUCAAAAUGGCAAUAGUUAUAGUUUUAUCAUUCUUUGUUUGCUGGUUUCCCUACCAUACUUUAACUUUUUUUGAAGUUUUCGUUUGGAAAGGAUACCAGAAAAAGAGUGCACCAUCCUUCCAUAGCUUCACGAGUGACAUUUUGACAUUUAUUUCCUACAUAAGCCUGGCCAUAAACCCAUUGAUUUGUUUCGUGUUCAGUAGUAACUAUAGAAAUUGCUUGAAGAAGCUGUUUCCGUUUUCUCUCUUCUUAUUUAACAAGGCUAGUGCAAUAAAUGUAAAAACGCAAAGAACAGCUGCAACACAUUCGCAAGAAAUGACCAAUUGUAACAGAUAAUUAUAGUUAGGAUCCACUGAAAAGCGUUUAACUCCGAGAGGGAGCAUAUCACAAUACUAUGAAAAUCAGCCUCCCUAUUCAGAGCGUUCAUAUUUGGUGCAUUCCGAUUGGUUUACCUCAGCGAUUGUACUCAUAUUCGCACAAACGAAGAAAUAAAACAAACAACAUUUUCUUUAUAUUCCACAUACCAAACUACUUUCGAUCUUGAAAUAAAAUACCGAGUUCCUCCUCAUACAAAAGACAAGAUUAUUGCCCAAGACUCUAUUUAAUGCAACAGACAGCUGAAUAAUUGAGUUUCCAUAUAAAGAGUGACGAAUAACGGGGAUGUUAAAGAAUAUGUAUGCCAAGCAAUUCUUCAGUCAAUUUAGUGCACUUGAAAGUCUUUUUAUUUUUACACCCCAUCUAAAAAAGCUACGCGAAUU